AUGCUGAUCGCGUUUUUAGCCUUGCUGUCGUCGAUUGGCGCCGAUGAAUACGCUGAUCUGAUGCGGAGUGAUGUCACGGCAAGAGUUCUUCCUUUGAAUAUCACUAUCAACUCCACAGAUCCAGUCAACGCUACAUGUGCCUUUACUUUACAUCGAGCGUCAUGCAAGAAUCCACCGCUUACGCUGAACGAUAGCAUCUCUUGGCAUACAAGGAUCUGCUUCAACUGGAGAUGCAAUGCACCAUUCCACGCAAUGCGAGUAGAAGACUGCUGGGUUGGGACAAGAAAAAGUCCAGUCUAUAUAGUGAAGCACGAUGGCUGCACCGCUGAAUCUGCUCUUCUGCAUUCACCUUCGUACACCUCCUUUCUCCGUGCAGCUUCGAUCGGAUGGCUGUCGAUCCGGCAAGCAGGAGUAGACGAGCUGCUCGUCUCCUGCCGCAUUACGCUUUGCCAUGUUUGCGAUGAGAACUGCCGCGAGUAUACGCCACCGCGUCAAUGUCGAGAUUCAGCUGAUCGAGAUUACCAACGGAUGUGGAAUGAGAGCGCAGCAGUUGAGCGGGCAUGUAGUCCACCAGUAGAGACAACUACCGUGGAAAUGAUGAUAAUUCCGAAGAUUGUUGACGGGUUUUGCUCCAGAGCAUAUAGAACAUCUUCACUUAAACGGGAUUCGCCAUUCGAUUACGCUAGUCUCGCUAUACAAUAA